GAAUCUACAUGCGUUUCUGUUGUCAUUACUAAUCAUUACAAUGGGGAUUCUUGGACUUUCAAAGCUGCUCUAUGAGAAAGCGCCCGGAGCUUUCAAAGAGCAAGAGCUGAAAAAUUAUUUUGGACGAUACAUAGCGAUCGAUGCCUCCAUGAGUAUCUAUCAAUUUAUUAUUGCUAUGAAGGGAUUUCAGGAUGGGCAGGGAAUAGAAUUAACAAAUGAAAAUGGUGAGGUUACUUCUCAUUUGAAUGGAUUGUUUUACAGGACUUUGCGUAUGGUCGAUGAAGGACUUAAACCAAUUUAUGUUUUCGAUGGGGCACCACCUAAGCUAAAGGAAUCCGAGUUGGAAUCGCGCCGCGAAAAGGCGAACACGGCUGAAAAGGAAUUCGAACGUGCCAAAGAAGAAGGGGAUGAUGCACUAAUGGAAAAAAUGAGUAAGCGCACCGUGCGUGUGACAUCAAACCAAAUCAAUGAUUGCAAAAAAUUACUGGAGCUUAUGGGCAUCCCAGUUGUGCAGGCUCCAUCCGAGUCGGAAGCGCAGUGUGCCGAGCUUGUCCGUAAAGGGAAAGCUUGGGCUGUGGGAACUGAGGAUAUGGACGCAUUGACAUUCGGUUCCAACAUCAUGCUUCGCCACCUUAAUUAUAGCGAUACGAAGAAACGCCCCAUCGCUGAAAUACACCUUAAUCAAGUUUUGCACCAAACAGGUCUAUCAAUGGAUCAAUUUAUUGACCUGUGCAUUCUUCUAGGCUGUGAUUAUGUGCCCAAAAUUCACGGUAUCGGCCCUCAAAAAGCAUGGGAGGGUAUCCAAAAGUACGGCAGUAUCGAAGGGCUCUUGGAAAAUUUGGAUGUUAGCAAAUAUCAUGUACCCUCUGGUUUCGUCUUUAAGGAAGCGCGGGAUUUCUUCAAACAUCCCGAUGUUACUCCUGGAGAAGAGGUAUCAAUUCAGUUCAAGGAGCCAGAUGAGGAAGCUUUGACCCAUUUCCUUGUGAAUGAAAAGUUAUUUAACCUUGAACGAGUCACAAAAGGCAUAUCCCGACUUAAGGAGUCGCUGAAAAAAAAAACACAAGGAAGGCUUGACAAUUUUUUUACCAUCAAACCCAUUCUAAAGACGGAUACGAGCCAAUCAUUGGCCGGUUCCAAACGUGUGCGGAAUGAAGAAAACGGUAAACCCUUCCAGCUUUCCGGUACACUUAGAAAAGCAAGCUUAGGGCAUAAAAAGUCAGUGAAAAGGAUGAAACCCAACUAGUAAUAAUACCACAAUUUUAUCGUUUCAGACGACUUACUACCCCUCACUAAAUAGAAACAAGUCUGAAACAGAAG